GAAUCAGAUGCAGGAAAUGUUUCUCAACCACAUAUAUCGUGUAUAUAUAGAGGUUGGUUAGCAUGCCAAUUAUUUAAAAAGGAUGGUACAAAUAUAGGUCUACUUGAAUUUGCAGUUAGUCAAGCAAAGAAAAUUAAUGACCCAUUACUAAAAAACGCAUUUUUAUAUCUAAUAUGGCAUAAAAUAUGCCAGGAACAAGCAAGUUCAAUAAUGACAUUGAUUGAGAAAGCACGUAAAGCACCCAAAGAUCAGUUAUGCGUUAAAAAUUGUGGGAUCUCGCAUGAAACGAUAGAGUUAUUUCUAUCAUGUGUAAAAAUUUUAUUUGAAUCGUUCGUAUGGGAACCGAAUAAGCCACUAUAUAUUAAUAAUAUUUUAGAAGCUGUUGAACCUAUUCUUGAACUACCGUCAGAUGUUAAUCAAGAUAAGAAUCAAUACUUGAAUGAUGCAUUUGGAACGAUGAUUAAAGAAUUUGUGAUAAUAAAGAAUUCGGCGAAUAAUAAAAUACUUUCCAGGAAUCUGGUGGAUCAGCAUUUAAUAUUAAUUCAAGUUCUAUUACUGAUAUUUAAAAUUGAAGUUCGAAUGGUCAGACCAUCAAAAUUGUUUGACCCAGAUGUAUCGUUUUUCUCUCAUUUAUUUAUGGAAAUAAAUGAUGUAAAAACGAAAGCUUCUAAUCAAAGAAUAAUGGAAGAGCAAAUGUCAUUCAUAAAGAAAUUAAUCGAAAAGUCAUCAAAUUGUUAUUCAGAUAUUUUAUUAUUGGCAGAUAAAUUUGGACUGAAUCAGAAUGAGAUAAAAGAAUUUUGGCAAAAUAAAUAUG